UGAUCAAUAUCUUUCGUUUUAAACAUUGAAAGAUAAGAUAAUUUAUCAAUAUAACUGCCAAUUGUAAUAUAUCACACAAUGAGCGGGACGAAAAUUCCAUUCUUAAGUUUUCGUUGUUUUGUCCAUGGAAAAUAUGCAGCAAACUGAAGAAAUAGAUAUGUCUACAUUCUGGAGUUCGAAUGAAGAAGUGCCUGUGUCCCAACAACCAACAAUAGACAGAGAAGAAGAAAGGCGCACCAGACUUCUACUACCCAUUUCAACUAUUGACUGGCAGUCCACGAAUUCAACACAUAUUCUUCCGUUAUCAGGACUAGAUUUCUUAACUGAUGUAGAAAGUCUAAUUAUUCAACAAAGUAUUGAAUUACUUGAUGUUGUUUCAGAUAUACCAUCUGAAAACAGAUUCACUGUGAAAGUUCCUAGAGGUGAAACCAUAUAUUAUGCUACAGAAUCCUCAACUUCAUUUCACCGAAAUCUUUUUGGAACAAGUAGAGCCUUCAAAAUGGAAUUACAUGAUGUAACACAACAAUUAGCUUUGACUUUAAAAAGAAACUUGGCUUGUGGUUCUUGUUGUACAUGUUGGGUGCAUCUACAACUAAUUGAAGUUUAUGAUGGGAAUGGGCAGUUUUUAGGAUCUACAGAACAAAAGGCUCAUUGCACCAAACCUUAUUUUGCUGUGAGGGACAAAUUUAACAACACAGUUUAUCGAAUUCUUGGACCUACUAAGAUACUGUGUUGUAACCCUGAAUACCUCAAUUAUCAGAUUUUCUCUGAUAAUGGAUCAACGCAAGUAGGAAGUAUUGUUCAUCAAUGGGAUGCACUGAAAGUUUCAUAUAAUACAAUUUUGCAAUUCCCCAACAGAAGACUUAAUAAUUAUUUGAAAGCUACCCUACUUGGUGCUGCAUUUUUAAUGGAAUAUAUGUACUUUCAAAGAAGCAGGAGUUGCUUUAAAUGUAUAUGCUAAAUUGAUUUCAAGAGUCAAAUAAUAUUAUAUUCUGCUCCUCAUUAUGGAAUUUUUGGCACAUAAAAUUGAUAUUAUUAAUGAAUACACAAUUGUUUAUUUGGGACAAAAAAUGUUGUUUGCAGUUCCAGUUCUAGUCUUCCAUUUCAAAGAAAUUGUACUAAUGGCAAGGGCGUAGAUCUUUUUCUUGGGGGGGUAAUCGAAAAAAAAAAUUCGGCGACAUUGUUUACCCCCAGUACCCUCCCAUUUCUACGCCCUUGUAAUCAAAUCAGAUCUCUUUUUAACCAGUUGAGUCUUCCAUUUCUAAAAAAUUGUACUAAUGGAAAUAAUGUAGAAUAUAUAAUUGGUAUAAAUUUUAUUUCAUUACUUACAUAAUACUCCAAUAAAAGAUUUAUGGAAUGUAA